AUGACCAUCAAUAUCUUGGAGGACGAUGCCUACAUUGGUGUUAUCCAAUCUAUCAACGACUAUGAGAGUAUGAAGCCGGCGGAUAUCUUAGAUGACCUAGAAGAAUCUCAUGACAAUGUUGGCCUUGAACUCAAGGAUACAGGCAAGGUUCAGCCAGACAAUGACCCAGCCAUUGACAUGUCAACACUACUUGAUAGCAUCAAGGAGGUCUCCAAGGGUGUUUCUGAAAAAACAGGACAAGAGUAUGGUCGCCUGAUGAAACAGUGCGAAAAGUUCCUUCAUAAACGCAACAUGAUUCCAGAAGGUAUCGACUUCUUUUGCGAGAAGCCCCAUCCGCAGUCGGCUGUAUAUCUUGCAGCAUGGAUCAUGGACUCGUCAGUGGUAUAA